AUGACAACAACAUAUUUUGGACCUUGGUUAAUCAGACAAUCAGAAAUAUUUUUUACUACAGAAUUAUCUUUUGCAUUGGUUAAUUUGAAACCUGUACUUCCAGGUCACGUAUUAGUAUGUCCAAAAAGAAUUGUACCAAGAGUUAAAGAUUUAACAAAAGAAGAAUUCACUGAUCUUUGGUUAUCCGCUCAAAGAAUUUCAUCUGUUGUAGAAGAACAUUUCAAUGGUGAUGGAAUAACAUUUGCAAUUCAGGAUGGAAAGAAUGCAGGUCAAACUGUCGAACAUGUACAUAUUCAUAUUAUUCCAAGAAAGAAAUUCGAUUUUGAAAAUAACGAUCAAAUUUAUAACGAGAUUGAAAAAGAGAGAGAACCAAGAUCAUACGAAGAAAUGGAAAAAGAGUCAAGUGAAUUACGUCCACUUUUUGAAGAGAACAAAAACAAGACUUUUUAA